AGAUGUUGAAAACAUUGAUCCCGUUGCUCCUGGUGGCCCAUGCUGUUGCAAGCCCAAGCAUCUUGAGUCAUCAAGCGCGACGUGCUGGAUCGCCUUGGAAUUACAAUCAAUGUGAUUCCUCGGAAGGCCCCAUGAAGUGGGGUGGAGUAUGCUCAACUGGCAAGCAGCAGACUCCUGUCGACCUUUGCGGAGCCAAGGCGUUCGAUGGUACUGCUCCAUCUAUCAAGUUUGACUCAGCCAAUUGGGACAAACCGAAUAAGUUUAACAUCAAGAACACUGGCCAUGCCCUCCAGCUCGACGUUACGAGCAACGCUCCUGUCCUCAACGCGGGCAACUUGGCAUUCAGAGUCGGAAGGUCGACCACAGAUGGAGAUUCUACCUGGAAGCUUGCUCAGAUGCAUUUCCACUGGGGUCGUUCCGCAACUGAAGGAAGUGAGCACUACAUCCAAGGAGUUCAGUAUCCCCUUGAAGCUCACUUUGUUCACUUCAACUCCAAAUACCCCACUAUCUCUGAUGCCGUCAGCAGCGGCAACUCGGACGCUCUUCUUGUGGUGGGCCAAAUGUACACUCUUGGCAGCUCCGAGUCUGCUGCUCUUACCACCAUCGGCAAUGAGGCUUCCCGGGCUACGACCGAUGGCGUUGCGAUGAACGGAGACGUCAACUUCGCUCAGCUCGUCAAUGACAAGGCAAGCUUCUACUCUUACGCUGGCGGUUUGACCACUCCUGGAUGCAAUGAAGUUGUCACCUGGAUCGUGAUGGACUCGCCCAUUACCAUCACCAGGGCAACCAUGGACAAGCUGUGGGCUGUCACUAUCCCUGGAUCCACUGAGAAGUUUGCGGUUUACGGAAACUAUCGUCCCCUUCAGCCCAUUGGAGACAGGACCAUCUACACGACUGGAUCAUCCUCCCCAUGCGCUACCCAUGGUGUCAAGGAGCCGGACUUCCAAUGCAGCACUGAUUCGGAAGCUCAGAAGAACCUCACCAUCGUCUCUGCCGUGCUGGGAAGCUUGUUGGGCGUCUCUUUGCUCGCUCUCCUUGUCUUGGGCUACAAGGUUUGCAUGGCCCCUAAGCCUGCCUCCACUGCCGCGCCGAACAUCUCUUUGAAUGCUGAUGACAACGAGCUCAAGUCAAAGACGGCUCCUAUGCAGUCCGCCAAUCCGAUGUUCAUGGCCAUGCCCAUGCAGAACAUCAGCUACGUUCCCACCAACAACACCUUCUCUCUUGGAUAAGCACUUGUGCUUUUUCUGUAAUCACCAAAGUAAAGAUCCUCUGGAAAA